UCGCCUCUGAAAAUUUUGGUACUCCGCGGGUUGGUCACGCCCUAUCUGAUCUUGAGGAGUUCACCAUCUUCUUUCCUCUAUAAAAUGGUCUGCAGGCUAAAACAGACUAUCAAGCAUAUUGAUUCACAUAUGAACUACCUACGGUGGUACUGGCAGAUAUAGUCGCUCAACAAAUCGAGCGUUAUUUCACAAAGGACAAAUUUGCGGAGAACCCACACCGGACAUUUGUCCUCUCCCGGUAAGCAUAGUGUUUUGCCAGCAAAUAAUGCCAUACUAGUAUACGAGAACCCCACACCUACGUUGCACAACACCAGUGGCCAUGAAGAUAAUUGCGUUCGCAGACCGCGCACACGGAUCAUGAUACAUGAUGGUAUUGCCCCAAUCCGCUGUGUUUAUAUUGCAGGACCGCUUGUAUAUGCUGAUUCAAACAUUCUCCUUUGCGUUUUCGAUUUCGACGGUUGAGUCAAAAAUUUCAUCAUGUCAUUCUCUACUGUGCCAUCGUCCACUGUCGCUCUCGAGCACCAACACAUCGAAUUACCUCCCACUUCCCCCACCAACCUUCAAACGUUUUCAGAUGCGCAUGACUCUGAGGAGGUUGCCCAGAGUAUCGCACUCCGCAUAAUUACCAAUGCGUGCACAGUCGACGGUGUCCGCAUCGGUAUCCACUUUUCGAAGGAAGAGGACAAUAACUUUUUUCGACUCGUCGCUUCCCAUAUAUCCGCCCGCCUGCCUUCAUCCACGUAUCUUUUUGCGAUAGUCACCACCAGUGCAUCGCAAGCCAACGAUGGUGGUAAUACCUGUGUUUCAGAUGCACUCGUCAUCUGCGGGUCAGAUGAGGAUGAUAUGCAGCGGGCUGUGCUUCUCGCCUCUUCCAAAUUUCCAGGACGGGUGGAUGCAGUCGACAACAAGGGCACUCUCAUUGCUCAGGCUGCGUCCAUACGACAUAUCGGCUCCUCAGCAUACCACGAAGCCGCCUUGUGGGACAUAUUGUUCAGUUCCGUGCACACUCACAAUCCACAUUCUCCUCCCUCUGGAUCUCGCAGCAUCGACCAAAUUCUCUCCGACGCCCGGGCCAAACUCGAACGAUUGACGCCCCAACAAGCUUACGACGCACUCCACGACCCCACAUACCCGGUGCCCGUCUUUCUCGUGGAUAUUCGUCCUGCUGCAGACCGCGAUCGUGAUGGCGAGAUCCACGGAUCUCUCAUCGUCGAGCGAAACGUUUUGGAGUGGUGUUUUGACCCACGCUGCGAAGCGCGGUUAACGAUUGCAGAUCGCUAUGAUUUGAAGAUUAUAUUAUUUUGUAGUCAAGGGCGUACCAGCUCGUUGGCUGCGGCAUCCCUGCAUGAGCUUGGAUUGUUGAAUGCGACCGAUAUAGUGGGCGGUUAUGAUGCGUGGAUCGCGGCUGGUCUUCCGUGUCAAUAGGGCUAUUGAUGAGGAAGGCUAUUGCUAUUUAAUUCAAUCAGCAAUUUUAUCAAUUGUAAUCAGCAGAGAUGACACCUCAGGCCUCAGGCCUCAGGGGCGGCAGCCAAUGCGACCGGUAUGGUGGCGCGGAGAUUUGUGCGUGACCGAUAUUGUUCCUUGGUGUAAACUUGCUUAGUUGUAACUUUACUGUGUAUGUUUAUCGUAUUUGAUUGAAGGACGAAUCUAAUUG